AUGAGCUACAAUCUGUGGCGCUAUUUCUUCGAAGAUGAUGUCGAUUCCUUUCGACAGUACCUGGCUAACGCCACCUUCUCCGUUACGUCGAGAACCACGAGCACCGGACAAAUUGGCGGCGCUACCUUGAAGAUAGGUAGUCCAGGGAAUCUGGCGGUCUCUCCGAAGACGCCGUUCAAGUUUCGAAAGAGCUUGGGAACCACUCCUACCAGCGCGACGCUUGGGAAAAACGCCGGAUUGGUGCUCACGAGGGCUGAAGUGAACACGAAGGACAGUUUCGGACGCACGAUCCUGCAUCAUGCUGCGUCAUCGCACUCGGAGGAUGCUCUGGCUUUUGUCAAGGCUUUAUUGGAAACGCCCUUCUUGGAUCUCUACGUCCAGGAUUUAGAAAGCGGUUGGACACCCCUCCAUCGAGCACUAUACUUUGGCAAUAUUUCAAUUGCGCAUGCUCUCAUGGCUCGGGACAUACAAGAUGCAACGGAUUACACAACCAACGCUCAGCGUGCCCAUGCCGGAGGAUUGGUUAAGAUCAAAGAUCACGAAGGCAACAGUCCUUUUGAGGUAUUUGGACUGACGAUCGCGCCCCGGUCUCUCCACCGCGAUUCCUCUGCUCUCCCGUCUGGGCUUCGUGAUGACGAUAGCAUCAAUGGCGUGGACGAUAGCGGUGACCAUCAGGUUCAUGAACUAUCUAAGCGUCAUGUGAACCCUCUAAUAGAUCUGGUUGGUGAUGAGGUCUACGCAUUUGGAAGCAACAAAAACCUAUCACUUGGUCUGGGCGAUGGGGACGAUAGGCAUUUUCCUGAGUGCCUUCACUUUGAACGCCCCGACCACUUGCUGCGCCGUCUGUUCGACGACCAUCUUGCUGAAAGACGGAAAGCGUGGGUGCACGAAGACAUGGCGGACAGUGUUGGGGAUCUCCAGUCUCAUCCAGAUCUGCCGGCUGUUGUCCGUUAUCGGCCCAUCACGAUUCAAAAUGUGGUCAUGUCGAAGCUUCACACGGCCGUCCUGACCAACGACCCCAUCUCCAACCUGUACAUAUGUGGGUAUGGUCCUGGUGGCCGCCUUGGUACUGGUGACGAAAACACCAGUUUCACAUAUCGCUGCAUUCAAGCUGGAGGCUUGGCCAAAAGGCGCAUUUCGUCGAUAGCUCUUGGCCAAGAUCACUCUGUGGCUGUGUGCUCUCAGGGCGAGGUGUACACAUGGGGAAGCAACCGCUUUGGGCAGUUGGGAUAUGCUCUUCCUGAGGUACCCAAGAAUGAGGUCCCGACCCAAUUAAUUCCGCGUCAACUUUUCGGCUACAUCAAAAAGGAAAUCAUCAUUGGGGCCGCAGCAUCCGCUAUCCAUUCUGCCAUAUACACAUCCUCUGCUCUGUACACAUUCGGCAAGAACGAGGGCCAACUGGGCUUAACGGAUGCUGAGGCACGCUCACUGGAAGUGCAGGUGCUACCACGUCGAGUUGGGGUGUCGGUCUUGCAAUCUCCAAUUCAAUCGGUUAGCGCAAUCGACCGAGCUACGAUUGUUCUACUCGAAAAUCACGAUGUGAUUGUCUUCACACAAUAUGGUUGGACGAAACUCAUAUUCCCUCUGGAGACCUUUACGAACUACUAUAUGGCCGAUGAUCUGUCAACUAGAUUCAACAUGGAAUCUAACUACAUCAAGCACAUAACUAGUGGUGGCAAUACAAUCUGUGCAUUGUCAUCCUUUGGAGAAGUAUAUUCGAUCGAUGUUCCCAAGGGUUCGGAAACUGUACCAUCAAACGUGUCAACGACCAAUCCUACCAAGGCACGCAACGCUCUGCCUGCACCAUCACGCCUCUGGUCCCUGCGCAAAGCUCACAUGUCGGCAAUUGACGUUGCUGUGGGUCAGGAUGGCUCCAUAAUCCUCUGCACAGCAUCAGGCUCCGCUUGGCGCAAGGAAAAGCGUGCAAACAUCAAGACUGUACGAGACACAAAGUCGGGUUCCGCACGUCCGAAAGACUACAAAUUCGUCCGCAUUCCCAAUCUGACGGGGGUCAUCGCCGUCAGGAGCAAUGCUUUUGGCGCCUUUGCAGCUGUGCGUAAGGACGUCAGUACAACGCGCGACCAGAUCGUACCGGUCGUACCAGCCUUGUGGAGAGAUACCUUCGGCUUACUACCUUUCCGAGAAUACGGAAUGGCGGAGACGGUGGCGGAGUCGAAGGUCGACGCAUUUCGAGUUGCUCAUGCUCUGAUCACCAGAAGCUCGGCGGAAACAGACAUCCUCAACAUGUGUCAGCGGUACGAACCUCUUUCCCAAAGUCAAUACGACUUAUGGAUCACUUCUACCGUCACUGAUGUUCGAAUCCCUGUCCACUCCUUUAUCCUCAAAGGUAGGAGCCGGGCCAUGCGCAAGGCGUUGACUGAAGUCCAAGAGACGUAUUACUACUCUAUUGCUGAUGUCAUGUCAAUCGAAUAUGGCCAAGACGGCCUGAUACAAGUCUCAUUGCAAGGUGCGGACUUCCUGACUCUCGUUAACCUUGUACUGUACCUGUACACCGACAGUUUGGUGGACGUCUGGCAUUAUACCUCGAAGGCAUUACAAUCCGCUCCUCGUUACAGGUCAGUACGGGUCGAACUUAUGAAACUGGCAAACCACCUUGAAAUGCGAGGGCUUGAACGUGCCGUGAGAGUGAUGGUUGACCCCGCCCGAAGUCUUGCAAACGACAUGGAGCUUGCAGUGUUGGAUCCUGAUUUCUUCUCAGACGCCGACGUGGUCGUUGAACUCGCCAACGAUGCCGAGUUACCCGCACAUAGUGUCUUGUUGUGCAGUCGUUGCCCCUUCUUUGACAGUCUUUUUAAUGGGCGAGCCGGCGGUAUGUGGAUGGCUUCACGACGAAAUACGGCCGAAGAAGAAUCAGAGGCUGUACGUGUAGACCUGAAGCAUAUCGACGAGAAGAUCUUCGUUAUGGUGCUACGAUAUCUUUAUGCUGAUACUGGAGAGGAGCUUUUUGACGAUAUUGUCACCAAUAGUUUGGACGAAUUUGUCGACAUUGUCAUCGAGCUAAUGUCGGUAGCCAACGAGCUUAUGCUCGAUCGCCUCGCACAAAUAUGCCAAAAGAUUCUCGGCAGAUACGUCAAUAUCAGAAAUGUGUGCUCCUUGGUCAACAUAAUCGCCGAGUGCAGAGUUGACAACUUCAAGAAUGCCGCACUCGAAUACAUUUGCCUGAAUCUGGAAAGCAUGUUGGAGCUGAAGUUACUUGACGAAUUGGAUGAAGAUCUGCUGCUUGAACUAGAUAAGGUCGUCCAAGCGAACCAGUUAGCUUUCCUUCCCUUCGCUCGUAGCGAUCGGGCUGAGGCAGACUUGCUGGAGAACUAUCCCGGCCUGUUAAGCCAGAUUGAGAAAGGCCGACAGAGGAGGAUAGAUUCUAUGCGGUUGAGAUCAAGGCUAUUUGAGGACGAGGAACGUUAUUCAGCGUCGAUCAAGACGCGCUAUGGGAGUCUGGAACGCUCGGGCUGUUCGCCUCGGAACAAGAGCCCAUUGCCAACCUCCAUGGAUUUAUCGCCACCUAGCACUCCAAGCCCUAGCCCCGCGAUUAGGGCAAACGAUGCAGGAGAUGAUUUACCAUUCGACAUGGAUGGGGAUGACCCCGAGCUUCUUCCGGCUCCAGCUGGCGAGAGUCUGCAACCUCAUUCUGCGAGAAGGCGGCUGUCUCGGGGAGGCACGGCCGAGUCUUUGACAACAACAAGACUCCCGGUAAAUGAUUCGCCUUCUUCGACCAGUAGGUCGCAUGAGGUAUUCCCCAGUUCGCCAAUACUCGAUGGUGAGGACAUGCUAGAUUCCGCCGUAACUGCAACGCCGACCAGCGGAUUUGAAGCACGGAGAACUGCAUGGCAAGUUCCCACUCAAGGCGUAAAGAAAGACGGUCUCAAAGACAUUAUGGAGCAAGCCUCAGCAGCUCGGGUGUCAAAUUUGACUCAAGCCAUGCGGACGGUCUCGACGGGAUCAAAGGCAACGGUCAAAGUUUCGCAGAAGGAGCGCAAGCGACAGCAACAACAAAUGAAAGAGCAAGGUGCCAAACCCUCGGGGCCUUCGUCCCUGAAACCCGCAACAACCGCUCCUUCACCAUGGCAGGCGAUUGCAAAGACACCCAAGCCCAACUCCUCACCGACUAUAUCGGCACCAAUCGAGGCGGUCAAAGAGGCCCUGGCGAAGCAGCCAAUGACAAUGCGUCAAACUGUGGCCAGAGGCUUCUCGACUACCGGUUCCUCGCCCAAGGGUCCAAGUGGUGCCGGCCCUGCAAGCAGUCUUACAGCACCUCCGAAACCAGCAGCUCCGCAAAUCCAAUCGAUCCGCCACACGCCGUUGCCAACCAAAGUCUCAGCGGUUGACGCCCGCACAUCAAUGGCCGAGAUCUUGGCGCAGCAGCAAAUAGAAAAGAUCGCGGUCAAGGAAGCGGUGGCGAAGAAGUCACUCCAAGAGAUUCAGCAGGAACAGGAAUUUCAAGAAUGGUGGGACAAUGAGAGCCGGCGAGUGCAAGAAGAAGAGGCGCAGGCCAACGCGGCUGCUGCUCGUCGUGGGAAAGGUGGCCGUGGACGAGGCGGACAUCUUCGAGGAGGAGGAGGACGCGGAAAAGGGACUCUGGAUGUUGAAGCUAGUGGGCAGCAGCAGAAGAAGCAAACUUCAACAGAAUCGGCGACGGUGAGACAGGCGUCUGAAUCUGGGCGAGGAAUUGGGCCUGGCAGUGUGUCCCGAGGCAGUGCCAGCAGUGGACGGGCUCGGGGUCAAGGAAAGUCCCAGCAUCCGCAUCGAGGGGGCAAGGCAUCAAUGAUGAAAGAGUCAUAG